AUGCACUGGACACCGGAACACGCCCAACCCCUCAACCAGUGGCCAGAGCAGCACCUAGAUGUCUCCUCCACUACCCCAUCGCCGGCACACAAAUUGGAGUUGCUCGGGGGUCGACAGCGCUGCCACUAUGCUUGGGCACACGACGAUAUUUCUGCCCUCACUGCUUCCAAUCUCCUCAAGCGGUAUGCAGAGAAGUACUCGGGGGUCCUGGACUCACCGUACGAGCGCCCCUCCCUGGGCGGCUACGGCGACGCCGCCCUCCUCAAUGGUGCCAAGGGAGAGCCAGAGCCCUGGCCAGGGCCAGACCCACCCUACCCCUUGGCCUCACUCCACGAGGCUCCCGGAACCAAGUCCGGAGGUGGGGGCGGUUCCGGGGGUCUCGGGGGUUCCCCGGUUCUAGCUGGGAACCUGUCUGAACCCCUAUACGCCGGCAACGCUUGCGGAGGCCCGUCGGCGGCGCCUGAGUAUGCGGCGGGCUACGGCGGGGGUUUGGCGCCAGGCUACUGCGCGCAGACCGGAGCCGCUCUGCCCCCGCCGCCCCCGGCAGCGCUCCUGCAGCCCCCGCCCCCGCCCGGGUACGGCCCCUCCGCGCCUCUGUACAACUACCCUGGGGGCUACGCGGCGCAGCCGGGCUACGGCGCACUCCCGCCACCCCCGGCCGCGCCCCCGGCCCCCUAUUUGCCUUCCGGCCUGGCGGCGCCCACGCCCCUGCCAGCGCCGCCCAGGCCCACGCCCACCUCCUACGGCUUCCAGGCGGCCACUACGGGCGCGGAGGCUGGCGUGUCGCUGAAGCGAAAAGCGGCCGACGAGGGCGCUGAGGGCCGGUACCGCAAGUACGUUUACGAGCCCGCCAAGGCCCCCGCGGUUGAAGGCGCCUCCUACCCAGCCGCGGACAACGGCGAGUGUCGGGGCAACGGGUUCCGGGCGAAGCCGCCGGGAGCCGUGGAGGAAGCGUCGGGCAAGUACGGUGGCGGCGUCCCUCUCAAGGUCCUGGGCUCCCCAGUCUACAGCCCGCAAGUUGAGCCCUUUGAAAAGUUCCCGGAGCGGGCCCCGGCGUCGGUUCCCCGUGGGGGCUUCGCGGUGCCGCCCGUGGAGCCCCCUAAGGGUGUGGACCAGGGGGUGGAACUGGUAACCAGCAAGAUGAUGGACUGCGGACCCCCGGUGCAGUGGCAGACGUGGCAGGCCAGGGCGCGCUCAAAGCGGGCGUUGGAGGAGGAGCUGGUGUGGCCCCUACUGAGGCCCCCAGCCUACCCCGGCAGCCCGCGCCCGCCGCGGACGGUGCUGCUCUUCGGGCCGCGGGGUGCGGGCAAAGCGCUGCUAGGCCGCUGCCUCGCCACACAGCUAGGCGCCACGCUGCUGCGCGUGCGCGGUGCGAGUCUGGCCGCGCCGGGCGCCGCCGAGGGCGCGCGCCUUCUCCAGGCCGCCUUCGCGGCUGCGCGCUGCCGUCCUCCGGCGGUGCUCCUCAUCAGUGAAUUGGAUGCGCUGCUCCCUUCUCGGGACGACGGCGCCGCGGGCGCCCUGCAGGCCCCGCUCCUGGCCUGCAUGGACAGCGGCUGUGGCGCGCGUGCAGACCGGCGUGCUAGUGGUGGGCACUACCUCUCGGCUGCGGCUCUGGACGAGGCGACCCGCCGGCGCUUCGCUCUCCGUUUCUACGUGGCGCUGCCCGACCAGUCCGGCCGCGGGCAGAUCUUGCAGCGGGCGCUGGCUCAGCAGGGAUGCGCGCUGAACGAGCGGGAGCUCGCAGCCCUAGUCCAGGGCCACCAGGGUUUCUCCGGGGGCGAACUGGGGCAGCUGUGCCAGCAGGCAGCGGCCGGGGCGGGCCUCCCGGGGCUGCAGCGUCCCCUCUCCUACAAGGACUUGGAGGCGGCGCUAGCCAAGGUGGGCCCCAGGGCCUCCCCCAAGGAGCUGGAUUCGUUUGUGGAGUGGGACAAAAUGUAUGGCUCUGGACACUGACUGCGCGCAGCCGAGGCCUCGAGAGCCGCCGGCCCUCCCUCCCCGCCUCUUCCCCUUGGUGGGGAAUGUCCUUGACCAAACCCGACUGGGAGGGAUCCCGCGUGGUGAAUGUGGGGUGGCGAACCAGAGGGCUCUACCGGUGGACUUGAUUUUCGUGAGAAGGAAAAUGCUUCUGCCAGCAGAUCGAUGCCAUAUGCGCGGUGUACUCAGGUUUUUCCUAUUUAUUGUGGACGGGAAGCUCGCCAUUUCCGCUCGGCGAACUGGGCCUAAGGAACUGCUCUCUCGCCACAAUCCUUUGGUCUCCUUGCUCUCAGAAUGGCACCCUCCUCCCCUACUCCCUCUUCUGUGCAUUCGUUUAGUUUUUUUUUCCUGUCACUUUGUCACUGACCUCCCCAUGCUGUACUGUUCCUUUUCUGCUCCUUCUGUUCCCACCUUUCCAUCUUUUAUUUUGUCUCUGUCUCUUGCUCUCUGGCGUCCCUGUGCCUCUUGAUUCCUGUGCUUUAACGCCCUUCCCUGCCUUCGGUCCCUCUCGUUCACACUAUAGUGACCAUUUGCAGGCGAUCUGGAGGCCCAGGUGCUGAGGAGGAUGGGUUAGGGAGCCCCCUCACACCCCCACACCCCCUUAUCCCUUAUCCCGCUGAAACCUUGGGUCUGGGGGACGAGGGUCAAGUAAAAAAACAAAACAAAACAAAACAAAA